AUGGGUGAAGAGAGGAGAGCGAAGUCGGAUCGGAGGCGCCAUUCGCGGUCGCGGUCGCGGUCGCGGUCUGGCUCGCCGCGCCGAGAUGCGGACCGCCAUGGACGAAGGCAUAGGGACGAUGGGAAGAGGUCAAGGUCGAGGUCGCAAACUUCCCGGAGUAGCUCAUCCGAUUCGACCGACGAUAGGCGACACCGCCGAAAGAAAGAAAAGAAGUCGCGACACAAGGAGAAGAAACGGGAAAAGAAAGAGAAAAAGAAGAAAAAGAGUGGCGCAGUGAGCCAUCAGUGGGGAAAAUACGGCAUUAUCAGUGAAACCGAUUUAUACACCAAGGAGCAGGAGUUUCGCGCAUGGCUUGUUGAAGAACGCAAAAUCAACCCAGAAACAGUCUCAAAGGACCAGACAAAGAAGGAAUUUGCGCGCUUCGUUGAGGAUUACAACACUGCGACACUCCCACAUGAGAAGUUCUAUCAUAUGGAAGCAUACGAACGCCGAAUGUCGGCGCUGCGGGCAGGAGAGUAUGUCCCUCCACCUGACGACUCCUACGACCCGAAUGCGGAUCUCCGUGCAUUGGAAAGCACUCACAAGCGCCGCGCCGUUGAGCGGGAUACAUUCAUGAGCAAGGAGCAGCUGCAAGAGUUGCGCCGAGUGCAGAAUGAGCGGAUCGAGGCCGGGAGAAUGAAGUUACUGGGGAUGGAUGUCAAGCAGACCAUGGGUGUACGUAUGGAUGGGAGCAUGUUUGACGGCUGA